UACUUACAAAAUGCCAGCCGCUGUGAUUGGCUAGUGUUGGUGGGCGGGGCCAUAGGAGGACGACUUCCGAUUGCUGAAGAAAGCCAGAGCGGGGUUUGCGCCUUCCUCAGCCCCUCCCCCAGAGCGCAAUGCCUGUGCAGCCAUUGCCCAAGGAGAUGGAGGCGGAAGGAGACUCGACCACAGAGAUGAACGGCGAAGAAGAGAGCGAGGACGAGCACAGCGGCAGCCAGUCUGAAUCAGAAGAGGAGAGUUCAGAGAUGGACGAUGAAGAUUAUGAGCGGAGGCGCUCGGAGUGCCUGGAUGAGAUGUUAGACUUAGAGAAGGAGUUCUCUGAAGUCAAAGAAAAGCUGUUCAAGGAGCGCCUGAGCCAGGUGAAGGCAAAGUUGGAGGAUGUGAUGGCUGGGAAAGCGUCAGAGUACCUCGACCCACUCGGGGUCCUGCAGAACCACAUGCAGAUUCGGAUUGAAGUGGCUGGGAUCUACCGAGGUUUCUGCCUGGAGGUGAUCCACCACAAGCACCGCUGCGAGCUGCAGGGAGCACAGCAACACCUGGAGAGUGAGAAGCUGAUGCUGUUCGACACCCUUCAGGAACGCCUCUUGGAACGGAUCCAGUGCUUGGAGGACGACAGGCACAGUGUGGGCCUCACUUCAGAAUGGUGGGAUGACAAACUUCGACCGAAGCACAGCUCAAAGGAAUGGGACCCACUCCGGCCUGGCAAGAGGAAGAAAGCACCACUGGUGUCGGGCCCGUACAUCGUCUACAUGCUGCGUGAAAUGGAUAUCAUGGAGGACUGGACAGCCAUCAAAAAGGCUAAAGCUGCUGUGUCCUCGCCGAAGAGGAAACUAGAAGGCCCAGUGAAGGCUGAGAAACUGCCGUCCCCUGCCCUGUUCUCUGCUCACUGUGAAGAUGGCCAGCUGCACUACGAAGGCGAGGCCUACAUCAAAGGGCAGAGCAUCUCCUUGCAAGUUGGGGACGAGGCACCUGUCCAGGCUGUGAUCACUGCCAUCAGCACUGGGGAGGUUUGGCUGCGCAGGGAAGACGGCAGCAAGACCAAAAUCUACGUCUCGCAACUCCAGAAGGGCAAGUAUUCCGUGCACAAGGUCUAGCAGCAAAGACUUCGGCUCUCUCGCUUCUCCUGGAAUCGGCGCGGCUUCUCUCUCUUGGAAACCAAGGGACUUCAGAGCAGCGAAGACCACCCUGAACCACCCCAGUUUGGGCUGCAGCAGGUGGAAAGGAGAAGGGCUUGCUUGCAAGUUACCUUGGAAUCAUACCAGCAUUGCUGCCUUGGCGUGGAGCCCUCCCCCUCCAGCCCCCUGUUGGUCCUGCGGCAGUUUUGAUUGUGCUUGCCCAGCGUGCCCCUCCCUCUGUGUUUGGGGCUGGGCGUUGAUGGCAGCUCUUCUCUUUCUGGGAGAGACACCCAAUAAAACACAAAAGUGAAAUACCUCC